AUGGAGCUACUCAGAGAUAACUGUCAGAAAAACACUUCGCAAGAAGAAAUGAUGUCAUGUUGUUCUUCACAGAGUGGGAAGUACGACGAGUCACUCAAACACCUGGAAACCCUGCAGGAGCUCAACAAGGAGGACUAUAAGAUCGCUAUGAACAAAGCCGUCGUAGAGUUUUACAAAAGCAGUCAGACUACAACAGGGACUCUGAAGCAGACACUAAUGGCAAUGAAGAACCAGGUUCACACAUCGGCAGAGGACAUUGAUGGGUUGGAUGAUGUAGAAAAUAGUUGGUUGUACUAUAAUCAAGCCAUCAUCCACUAUCACAUGCGACAGUACUCAGACGCCAUCGCAAUAGGAGAGAGGCUCUACCAGUUCCUGGAACCGUUUGAGAAGUUUGCUCAGGCGGUGUGCUUCCUGCUGGUGGACCUGUACCUGCUCACCUUCCAGCCAGAGAAGGCCCUCCACCUGCUGGCUGUGCUGGACAAACUGUCCACAACAGGAAGCAGCAAGAACGGCAAAGGAGAGAGUUCAAACAAAGAUGGAGCCAACCAGAAGGCAGAGUUCACGGCCAUGAUGGAGGCGGCCAAGUCAAAGAUGCACCAGUACAAAGUGAGAGCCUACAUUCAGAUGAAAUCCUCCAAGGCCUGUAAGAGAGAGAUCAAGUCAGUGAUGAACACAGCAGGGAACUCUGCACCCUCACUUUUCCUCAAGAGUAACUUUGAGUACCUGAGAGGAAACUACCGGAAAGCAGUGAAGCUGUUGAACAGUUCCAACAUCGCAGAGCAUCCUGGACCCAUCAAGACGGGGGAAUGUGUUCGAUGUAUGUUCUGGAACAAUCUGGGCUGCAUACACUUCGCAAUGGGGAAACACAACCUAGGCAUUUUCUACUUCAAGAAGGCGCUGCAAGAGAACGACCACACGUGCGCACAGCUAGGAGACGGCAGCAACGCGCACGGUGAGGCUGGGGCUAGACUUUCCACCGUCAAUAAUGGCUUCCUCUUGACUGAAGAGCUGCUGUUUGACAGUUGUGUGAUGAUGUGUUGCAGUGGGAAGGGUCCGGAGGCCGAUAAGUUCCUGUCCGCUGCACCAUCGUCCCCUCUCAGGAAACAGGAAGUGGAGAACCUCAGGUGCUCCAUCCUGGCCUGCAGUGCCUAUGUGGCGUUGGCACUGGGAGACAACCUGAUGGCACUGAACCACGCUGAGAAACUACUCCAUCAAACCAAGGUGUCCGGAUCGCUCAAGUUCCUGGGUCACCUCUAUGCUGCUGAAGCCCUCAUCUCAUUGGAUAGGAUCUCAGACGCCAUCGGACACCUCAACCCAGAGAACGUGAGCGACGUGUCGAUGGGGGUGCUGAGCAGCGAGCAGGACCAAGGUUCAGACAAAGGAGAAGAGCCUGUGGAGUCCUCAGGGAAGCAGACCCCCCUGUGUUACCCCAGCAGUGUGACGUCAGCCCGGGCCAUGAUGCUCUUCAACCUGGGCAGCGCCUACUGUUUGAGGAGCGAGUACGAGAAGGCCCGCAAGUGCCUGCAUCAGGCUGCAUCUAUGGUGAACACUAAGGAAAUUCCUCCUGAAGCCAUCCUGCUGGCAGUGUACUUAGAGCUGCAGAACGGAAACACCCAGCUGGCCCUGCAGAUCAUCAAACGGAACCAGCUGCUGCCCUCGCCGGUCCAGAGGGUCUCCCCAGACUCCCGCAAGAAACCCGUCCAGCCCAUCCAGCUGCCCUCAUCCUUUACACAAGUUCAGCGCAAAUGAGCCUCUACAGCCAACCCAGACCCCCCCCCUCUCAAACUUCACCACACCCAGUACCCCCCUGAGGAGCCUUGAUAUUUAUAAAGCUACUUCCCCUCAGCACCAGGAGCCG